CAUGCGCAGUGGGAGGAUGCCAUAUUGGAAUGGGUCUCUCGCUGAGAACAGACAUUGCUCGUUUGCCUUCUUCGACUGAUCAAAGGGGUGUUGCAAUUUAAGACGCUGAAAAAAAACUUCAUACAGAUAACUGAGGGGAAAGAAAAUCAUGAACUGAAAGACAAUGGGAGAGGUCUCGUCAGAAGUUUUACCCAUGAUAGCAGAGAACAUGCAGGAACGUGCAAUGCCAUCAGGAGAGUGGUCUUGCAGUCCAGCAAAUGGAGGUGGAGAGCAGAUUGACUCAGAUGGAGAUUCGGUAGAAGAGGAUAUUGAUUUUAAUUGGGAUGAAUAUUUAGAAGAAACCAGUGCCAGUGCUGCUCCCCACACAUCAUUUAAACAUGUUGAAAUCAGCCUCCAGAGCAGUUUCCAGCCUGGGAUGAAGCUGGAGGUGGCGAAUAAAAGCAACCCUGACACUUACUGGGUAGCGACUAUCAUAACCACUUGUAGACAGCUGCUGCUCCUGCGCUUCAGCGGCUAUGGGGAGGAUCGCAAAGCAGACUUCUGGUGCGAUGUCAUGACGGCAGAUCUGCACCCGGUGGGCUGGUGCACACAGAAUAACAAGGUCCUGAUGCCACCUGAAGAGAACUGUUACCUGAGAAAAGCAAUAAAAGAGAAAUACACAGACUGGACAGAGUUUCUUAUUCAAGAGCUGACUGGUUCCCGUACAGCACCUGCAAAUUUGCUGGAAGGGCCUCUUCGAGGAAAGAACACUGUUGAUCUCAUCAUGCUUGGUUCACUGAUAGAACUACAGGAUUCCCAGAAUCCCUUCCAGUACUGGAUAGUCAGGGUGAUAGAAAAUAUCGGCGGUAGACUGCGGCUCCGCUACUUUGGACUGGACUGUGACACACACGACAAGUGGCUGUUUUACCUCGACUUCAGGCUUCGUCCUGUGGGUUGGUGUCUGGAGAACAGAUACAGCAUGGAACCUCCUACAGAGAUCCAGGGUUUAAGAGCAGCUACCGACUGGAAAGAUGCCCUGGAGAGAGCAAUCACUGAAGCAGCAAAGAAUCCUCUCCCACUGGAGGUGUUCAAGGACCACGCAGACCUUCAAAACCAUUUGUUCUCGGUUGGGAUGAAGUUAGAGAUGUUGGACUCUCAGGAGCCCUUUUGUAUCAGCCCAGCGACAGUGACCAAGGUUUAUAAUGAUCAUUAUUUCCAUGUGACCAUUGAUAAUCUGGCAGGAGAUCCGACACCCAGUUCACUGCUCUGCCAUGCCGAAUCCCCCGGGAUCCUUCCUGUGGAGUGGUGCCUUAAAAACGGGGUUAACCUCACACGCCCCAAAGGUUACCUCAGCCAGGAUUUUGAUUGGGCAGACUACCUGAAGCAAUGUGGGACAGAGGCAGCUCCUCAUCUUUGCUUUAGAAAUACAUCACUGCGUUGGGGGUUUUCCAAAAACAUGAAGCUGGAGGCUGUCAACCCAAUGAAUCCAGCAGAAAUAUGUGUGGCAUCGAUCACUAAAGUGAAAGGAAGGUUGAUGUGGCUCCAUCUAGAAGGUUUGAAGAAGCCAUUUGCAGAGUAUAUAGUUGAUGUGGAGUCCAUGGACAUUUUCCCAGUAGGCUGGUGUGAAGCGAAUGGAUAUCACCUUACUCCACCAAACAGAGUUAUCUGUCAGACACAGAAGAAGAUUGCUGUAGUACAGCCAGAAAAACAAUUGCUUACCUCCGUGCCUGUGGAGAAUGUAUCUCAUAAUAUAUGUCCCAAUGCUCCACUGGAUACUGGUGCCACUAAUGGGAAGUACUGCUGCUCCCAAAUCUUUGUCAACCAUCGAUGUUUCUCAGGUCCCUAUUUAAACAAAGGGAGGAUAGCAGAACUGCCUCAGUCAGUAGGCCCUGGCAAAUGUACUCUUGUCCUCAAAGAGGUUCUUGGCAUGUUAAUCAAUGCUGCAUAUAAACCAGGCCGUGUACUGAGAGAACUGCAGCUUGUAGAAGACCCACAGGGGAACUUUCAAGAAGAAACACUAAAAGCCAAAUACAAAGGGAAAACAUACAGAUCAACUAUCAAGAUUGUGAGAACCUCCGACCAGGUGUCAGAAUUCUGCAGGAAAGUUUGUCUCAAGCUUCAGUGCUGUCCUAAUUUGUUUAGCCCUGCCUUGGUCACAGACAAGUGCCCUGAGAACUGCUCCAUUCACACCAAAACAAAAUACACUUAUUACUAUGGGAAGAAGAAAAAGGUCAUCAAACCAACAAUUGGUGACAGCUGCAUAGAGAGUAGCCUAACAAAGCCUGCCAGGCGUAGAAAGAAGCGCAAAUCCAUCUUUGUCCAGAAGAAAAGACGAUCCUCGGCAGUAGACUACACGCCAGCUGCAUCCCCACAGGACAGCGAGGAGGACGAGGAUCAGGAUGGGCCUGAAGAUGACACGGGGAGCGAGGAGACGAGCUCAGAGCAGCGGGAAGACCAGACUGACACGUCCUCAGUGGAAGUCCUGACCACAAGACCCAGAAGAGCAGCAGCUUUAAGAAGGAACACAGACACUCCGAGACCCACAAGCAUUGAGAGGUCCCGGCGCAAGAGGACCACCCGGUCACUGUCCUACACUGAGGAUAUAAAAUACCACCCUGCCAAGCGCUCUGCAGCAAAGGUUGAAAACCGUGAAGAUGAAGACAAACUGGUUCUGAACAGCAACCCACUGGAGUGGUCUGUAGCUGAUGUUGUCAGGUUUAUUAAGUCUACAGAUUGUGCACCCCUCACCAAAAUAUUUCAGGAACAGGAUAUUGAUGGCCAGGCAUUACUCCUUCUGACACUUCCAACAGUCCAAGAAUGCAUGGAACUUAAACUUGGACCAGCCAUCAAGCUGUGUCACCAGAUUGAAAGAGUGAAGGUUGCGUUCUAUGCACAAUAUGCUAACUGACCCUGUACCUUUGACCUUUGCUGGUGAUAAUAAGUAUACAGAACUUAUCUUAUGGCUUACAGUGACUGUAUGUAGGUACUGCGUUGAAGUUGAUGCUGGGUCUGUGAAAAGUAAGGCCACAGUUAUAGUGAUGACAUUUUGUACUAUAGAGUUCUAUCAACUGUCAGUUAUGCAGAACAGUUAAAUGGAUGGGCACGAAGGAUUAUUGCUAAAGCUGUAAACUAUUGUUUGUCCUUUUAAUCCCAUUUGAAAUACAACUACAGGUGAACUACAGGAAAACUACAUAGACUAGUAGAACGUAGUUAGGCUGUGGUUUAGCUGCACUAUCAGUUCAGUGCUCAUGUGGUUUUUGUUUUUUAUGCAGUUGGGAAUGGUGCAGUGUGAAGCAACAUAAAAAAAAAGCCAUACACCGUACAACACAGAACACCUCCACUCCCUUUGCAUUUUGUUUUCAAAUUAAUCUACUGUAGCUGUGAAAUUUAGUAAGUUACUGAUUUUUGUGGAUCUACGUUUUGUUAUUUUAUUUAAAAAGUACAUUUUGGAAUUCCCCAAAAAUCCAUAUACCAUAGGUGUGUAUUACAUUCGUUAUUAAUAAUAUAAUUUUUUUUUUGUAGUGCUUGAUUAUUUUUUGUAUGAAGUAAAUACUAUCUGUAAAAUACAAAGUUAUUUAAUAGAACUUUAUACACAUAGUUGUAAGGUCUGCAAUUUUAUGACAUUGCACUCAAGUUGUGUAUGCUUACUGUCUUAAUUGCACUAUAAGAAGAAUUCUUAUUUAAACCGUUUCCAAAAAACAGUACAAUUGGGCAUAUGGCCUAAAUAUUUUUAUUCAAUGAGUUAAAGUUAGGCCUUUUAAAAACAGUAAACACUCAAUUUUUUAAAUUAAAAUGUUACUGUAGAUUUGUUGCACUUAUAUUUAAGGCCAUGUCAAAUAAACAGAUAUUGUUGAUUACUCUUGGUACAUUUUUGUAUUUAAAUUAUUGAAAACCCUUUUAAAACUAAAUGUAUAUUCCUUUUAAGAAAAGAAAAAAUCUAAAUAUAUGAAUAGACUUCAGAAAUGAGUUGCUGUCCAUUUCAAUAGUUUUUUCUUCUCUAGUUUUUGUUUUAUUUCAAUGAUAACGGAGAGUGCACUUUCGUAGUUGCUAUUCAUUUUGAACAGAUUAGUUUUAUUUUAUUUGUAUGUUGAUAUAUGUAUUAUAAUGUCGCAAAAAAGAUACAAAGAGGUGUUCAAGACUCUAACUCGCUAUCUUUAUUUAAAAAGAUUUAAGAGUAUUUGUAAACAUUAUGUAAAGUUAUGAAGUGCUGUAUUUUGAAUCAAGAUAAAAAAAAAAAAAAAAAACUCUGAACAAGUUUUAUGAAUACAAAGGCCUAUUUAAUUUAUCAAAAUAGGCUUAAAGUUGCCCUUUUUAAAAUGUUAGUUCAAUUUUGAUGAAUAGGUCCCAUUUUUUAAAUUUUUUAAGAUUUGUGUUGAUCUUUUUCUCAAGCAGCAUUCGUUAAGCUGACAAGAAUUUGUGAUUGAGCGUUUUGAAUGCUUUUGUAUAGUUUUGUAUACACGUAGAAUACAAAUUGCACAUUCCAUUUAUGCAUUGUGUAAUUUGUACAUUGAACUUCUUUGACGUAUAACAUAAUAAAAUGUAUUCUUUUAGAUGGGAGGGGAAUUUUUUUUUUUGUUUAAGUACACAUGCAUGGUUUAAUUGUUUGCCUCCAUUCAGUUUGACCAAACCUUUAAUGUUCAGCUUUGUAUUAUUGUAUAAAAAUGUUUUGUUUAAAAAAAAAAAAGAAAGAAAAAAAUAAGGUUUACAUGUGAACUGUGUUGUUGCUCUCUGAUUAUAUUGUUCAUAUGGGUGACUGGAAUAAAUGAAUGACAGCAAAGUGUGACAGACCUUAGAAAAAAAUCAUUUUAAAUAGCUAUAUGUUUAAUAGUUUGAAUUAGAAGCUAAAUGAAAGUUAUUUGCUGACACCCACAAAUGUUAUUCUGCCUUGCUUUGCUUUUAUCCUAUAUUUUGUAUUAUAUGUUUGGCUUAAUACAUUAUCUAGUGUUGAAAAUUUGAAUAAUAUUUAAGCUGUCUUCAAGGCACCUUUCUGUAUAUAUGUUUUCAUGUAAAUAAAUGAAAAUCUAUAUUCAGAGUUAUAUUUUAAAUGUUUGCUAAAUUUAAAUGAUGCUCAUUUGUACAUGUUGGAAGCAAGGCAUAUUGAGAAAAUAAAGAAUAUAAAAUGAAUAA